AUGGUAACUGAAAAGAAAAAUAUUUCAACUGAAUUUCUGGAAUUUGAAGAAAGAAAAACUCAAAGACCAAAACUUUUAAAUGAAAUCAUAAUCAAAAAUAGCAUUAAUGAAAAAGGGAAAAGACAAACAAGAGAAAUUAAUUGUCGUAAAAAAAUUAUAGAAAUUUCAAAUAACAACAUUGAUGCUACAAUUGAUAAUAAAUGUCUACCUAAAUUUCCUCCAAUAGAGCCACCGACUGAUUUAAUAAAUAGCUUAAAAGAAUUUUUACCCAAGAUUAAAGAAGAUAAUGAAAGACUUGAAAAACUUAUGAAACAAGAUCCCAAAGCUGUUAAUAUGGAAUAUAUCGAAGAUGAUUCCAAGGGUUUUAUAGAAUUGGAUCUUGGAUUAGGAGUGUUUUCAUCAAUAGACGACGAAUCAUCAGAUGAAAUUGAUGGUGAUACUGAUUAUUAUACUGCCAGUGAUUUCAUUAGAGAUGCUAUUAAUAAAAGUCCAAUCAUAACACCAAAGAUCACUAUUUUAGAAAAUGAACACGGAACAGAUGAUGAUGGCGAUAGUAGUAGUAGUGGGAAGGAUGAUAGUGAUGAUAGCAGCAACAGCGAAGAUGAUGGUAGUAGUAAGGAGAUUAUGAUAAUAAAACAAUAA